AUGAAGACUCCUAUUUUUUCCAUAUUGGUUUUUGCCUGUCCGCUAGUUGCAAACGUCUUUACUGUGAAAACAUCCAACGGGCCCAUUAUAGGACAUCUUGCAACAAAUCGCAGCGAUGUUAUUGAGUAUCUCGGUAUUCCCUACGCUCAACCUCCAGUCGGGCCUUUGAGAUUUGCCGCACCCAAAAAAUACGCAAGUAACGGGACCGUAUACGUGGCGUCGAGCUUUGUACAUUAUCCUGAUCAGACUUCCCAGAAAAACCGCAUCUUCGCCAAGUUCAUCGGCAGUCCGGACCAUGUUCAAAGCGAGGAUUGCUUGACGCUUAAUGUUUGGUCCAAGGCUACGAACAAGACAUCGAAACCGGUACUGGUCUUCAUUCACGGCGGCAGAUGGGUCACGGGUGAAACCAACACCAAAUUCUACAACGGUCAAUACCUCGCUAAUGCUGAAGAUGUCGUUGUGGUCACAUUGAACUACCGCACGAAUAUCUUCGGCUUUCCCGGUGCACCAGGGAUUGAGAAGAACCUUGGAAUGCUCGACCAGCGCUUGGCCGUGGAGUGGGCGCGCGAUAACAUUGCCGCCUUUGGUGGUGAUCCUAGGAAAAUUGUUCUAUUUGGCCAGUCUGCUGGCGGUGCUGCUGUUGACUUUUGGUCCUACGCUUACAUCGAAGACCCAAUUCUUUCCGGCAUAAUCUCGCACUCAGGAAAUGCUCUAAGCUUCGUCGUCAACAGCGAAGACUUUGCUGAGUCAAACUGGUACACUGUAGCGAAGGAUGUUGGAUGCGGCAGUUCAGGCGAUGUUAUGGACUGUAUGAAGAGCGUCGACUUUGCUACAAUUGAAGCCGCUGCCGCAAAGGUUCCCUCCAUUGGACCUCAGGCGCGCCAACAACCACCAUUUCAACCGACGAUCGAUGAUAAACUCGUCCUCACUGCCAAUGAGUAUGCUACCCGCUCAUCUACGGGGAAAUUUGCCAAAAUUCCUUACAUGGCCGGCGAUACAGACUGGGAAGCCGGCUUCUACAGAGUUACUGCAUACGCAAGGGGCAGCGUAUUAAGUGAUGACGAAUGGGCCGAGUUUGGGCUCGAAGACUUCACUUGUCCCGAUGCUUUUAAGGCAUCGAAUCGCGUUCAAAACGGGGUCCCAAUGUGGGUUUUCCGCUACAUGGCCGACUGGGAUAAUCUCCGUCUGUACCCCAACAGUUCUGCCUACCACGGCUCAGAUCUCGAGAUGGUGUUUGGAGGCUCAGCAGAUGUUAGCGGAAUACCCGACACAAAAGAGGAGACUGAGAUGCAGGCUUUGAUGAUGAAGGCUUGGGCAACAUUUGCUGCCAACCCAACCAGCGGUUUAACAACGGAGUUAAUGUGGCCGCAGUAUGAUCGCAAAGCCAAUUCUUUAAUUCGCCUUGGAUACAACAACACGCCCACUGCGGAGUUCAUCUCGCCCACGGUCUAUGACAGUGGAUGCGCUGGUCUUAAUCUAUCGUACUGGAACCUAGGAUGAUCAUCAAUACUCUCAUUAGGCAAGGACCUGGAAAUACAAUCACGCUGAGAUGGUACCAUAGAAUGCGAACAACUACUUCGCUGAGCUGAGAUGCUAUCAGCGUUACGCUGGGUA